UUUUUAACUUCUCUCACUUUUUAGUCCUUUUAUCCAUUUUUAGCUAUACUAUACCUUUACAACAUAAACAAGUUCCUCUUUCUUUGCUUGGGUGGUGGGGAUAUUCUUUUUCUUUAUCCUUAGUUUUGUUAUUCCUUCCUUCACUAUUCUGUUAACAAUUUCCCCCUUUUUUUAAAAAAAUUUUUCAAGUGUUUUUUGAUUUUUGAUUUUUGAUUUAAAAAAAAAAUUAAAUUUAAUAUUCAUAUAUUUCUUUUUAUUAUAGGAUUUUUGGUUCACGCACCCACAUGUAUGCUCUCUCUUGUUGCUUGUCUGAUCUGGAUUGGAUCAUAAGGAUCUUUGCCAUUUUUUCCUUUUUGUUUGCUACUUAGAGGGUAAGUGGUGGGGUUUGUUUGAGUAACCCUUUAAUCCCUGAACUCUUGGGGCAAUCAUAGUACAAAGCAAAACACAGCAAGAAAGGAACGAGAGGGAAAUUGUGAACAAGGGUCUGUUUCAUUUGUUUAAUCAACAAACCGUUGUGGUUUGAGCGCUGGUUGGAUUUUUGCUAGUUUGUGUUACCCAAUUGAGAAAAGUCUUGAUUUUUUAUGGUGGCAUGUGUUUAAACUCGUGAUUGUUAGUGUGGGUUGGUGGUGGUCCCUUGUGCUCUUGAGCUAUGGCGGGGAUUGAUGUUACGAGAUAUGCUCAUAGUCCUGUGCACAAGGCCAUAAUUUUGAAGGAUUAUGCUGAACUUAAGAGGAUACUUGGGGGCCUCCCACGAUUGUGUGAUGUGGCUGAUAUUCGUACUGAAGCAGUUUCAAUUUUAGAGGAAGAGAAGGCUGAUGCCAUCUCUGCUGUGAUUGAUCGGCGUGAUGUGCCGAACCGUGAUACCCCUCUUCACUUGGCUGUGAAAUUUGGGGAUGGAGUUGCCACUGAGAUGCUUAUGGUUGCUGGGGCAGAUUGGAGUUUACAGAAUGAACAAGGGUGGAGUGCUCUUCAGGAAGCCAUUUGCAGUAGAGAAGAGAGUAUUGCCAAGAUAAUAAUUAAGCAUUAUCAGCCUCUGGCUUGGGCAAAAUGGUGUAGAAGGUUGCCUCGCUUGGUAGGGACCAUGCGGAGGAUGAGAGACUUCUACAUGGAGAUUACUUUCCAUUUUGAGAGUUCUGUGAUUCCUUUCAUCUCAAGGAUUGCGCCUUCGGAUACUUACAAGAUUUGGAAAAGGGGUGCAAAUCUAAGGGCAGACAUGACGUUGGCUGGUUUUGAUGGUUUUAGAAUUCAGAGAUCAGAUCAGAGCAUUCUUUUUCUGGGUGAUGGUUCAGAGGAUGGGAAAGUCCAGCCCGGGUCACUCUGCAUGAUUUCGCACAAGGAAAAGGAGGUAAUGAAUGCUCUAGACGAUGCCGGCUUUCCUGCAAAUGAUGAAGAGGUUCAGCAAGAAGUGGCUGCAAUGUCGAAAACAAAUAUAUUCAGGCCCGGUAUUGAUGUUACUCAGGCAGUUCUUUUGCCUCAGUUGACUUGGAGGCGACAGGAGAGAACAGAAAUGGUAGGGUCUUGGAAAGCUAAGGUGUAUGAUAUGCACAAUGUAGUUGUUAGCAUUAAAUCUAGAGGAGUUCCUGGAGCUAUGACAGAUGAUGAGCUCUUCUCAUCUUGCAAUGAAAACGAAACAGAGAGUGAAGAACUUAAUGAUAUUUUGACUGAGGAUGAAAGAAGGCAAUUGGAAGAUGCACUUAGGUUGGAUUCGUCAGAAUUGAACAAUGAGAGUGAUGAGGGGAUAGUUGGGCAUCGUCAUAGCUGUUAUCAACUUAGGGAUAUUCCUAUUGAAGAUGCAAAUGGUAGCAUAAGUGGAGAAAAUAAGCAGGAAAAGAAAGGAUGGUUUGGGGGAUGGAGAAAAAAGGAUUCUAAACAUGAAGUGCCUAAGAACAUUGCUCCACCAAGAAGUUCUCUCUGCAUAGAAGAAAAGGUGAGUGAUUUAUUGGGGGAUUCUCCUUCAAGGAAUCAGAGUAAGCCAGGAAGACAUUCUGUUGAGAUAUUUGUAAGGGGUGAUGAGCAGAGAAAGAGAAAAGAUGCCAAAGCUUCUUCUGCAAAUUCUGAUAGCAGAAGUCGUCACAAGGAUGGAAAUCGUGAAAAUGAAUAUAAGAAAGGGUUGAGACCUAUUCUUUGGCUUUCUCCAAACUUCCCACUAAAAACUGAAGAACUCUUGCCGUUGCUUGACAUUGUUGCAAACAAAGUUAAAGCAAUUCGCCGAUUAAGAGAACUCCUUACAACAAAACUUCCAGCGGGAACUUUUCCUGUUAAGGUUGCCAUCCCUGUGGUUCCCACCAUCAGAGUGUUGGUUACUUUUACAAAGUUUGAAGAAUUACAGCCAUUAGAUGAAUUUGCAACCCCACCAUCAAGUCCAUGUGCUACUGGCCAAGAGAGUCCUUCACUGACAAGCUUCUCAGCUUCUUCUUGGUUUCAGUGGAUAAAGGCUCCUUACCGUGCUAGUUCAUCUGCUGCAGGUUCCAGCAGUAGUAGGAUUGAAAAUAUUCAAGACCCCUUUGCAAUUCCCUCAGACUAUACUUGGGUUACUGCUGCAGCAAAGAAAAAAAAGAUGCAAGAGAAAAACAAAUCAAAGAAAGGGAAAAGUCAUAGCUAAUGAUGUCAUUUCUCAAAGGGAAUUACUUUGGUUAUUUAGAGAACUCGGGCUAUUAAAUAGAAAUUAUAUUUGUCUGGAAAUUGAAGCUGUCUUUGAUCCUCCAAGCAUUUAUGCUUUGAUCAUUUGGGGGAAUGUGUCAUAAGGAAAAGAAACAUUGUGAUUCUUAUUGCUGGAGUUUUCAAGUUUGUUUCAUUAUAUGUGGAAACCCCAUUAACUCAAGAAAGUUGCAAUCACAGUGGGGAACUUUCUUCGUCAUGAUUGGAGUUAAAAUUCACCAGUGUUUGAUUAAAAUUCUUUCUCUUGAUUUUAUUAAUGUUGUAAAUAAAUUGAAGAAUUGAUUUACUAGCUUUGGGCUUUAUCACAAUAUGUUUCAUCAGCAUUGACAUUGGUGAAAUUUGGUAUCAUGUAUUAGUUCACUGCUUCACUUGAGUAUGCAA